AUGACUCAGGGAUUCUGGAAAGUCUACAAGUCCAAAGUGCUGCAGAGUCUGGGCAGCGAGGUGCAGGAGGAGGAGUUCAAGGAUGAGGGGGAUAACCCCGAGCUGGUGGAAACCGCAGAUGCCCCGGUUCUGAUGGAGGAGGGAUUGAACCCCAUCUCCCAGCUGGCACGAAGGGUCCAGGGGGCUGGCGCCAGAGGCUGGAGGAGCAUGUCGUCUCUGUUCAGCAGGGAGGAUGAGCACAAGCUGCUGACCCCCGAGCCCUGCGCUGACCACCCCCUGGCCCCAAAGCCAGCAGAGUCGGCCCCUGCCGGGAAGACGACGUCAGGGUUCUGGGAUGUCUUUGCCACCAAGUGGCAGCAGGCCUCUGCGCUGGACAAGAAGACGGCCCAGCCUGGGUUCAGCGAGCCAGCGGCCGAGUUCAGCGGGGCGCCGGGGGAGCCCCCGGGAGAGGAGCCCGCCUAUUCCAACAACGGCAGCGACCUCCGGGAGCCAGAAGAGGGCGCCUUCAAGUGGGGCUUCCUGGUCAGCAAACUGGCUGAGAUAAGGAAUAAAAACGCCCCCAAGGGUAACUAGAGCGGAAGGACCUUUCCCGUCAGCCUCAGCACAGGGCCCCUCGCUCACCCGAGAGGAGAACACCCAGCAUUUUAACCCUUUCCCUCACUGCAAAGGAGCCAGCAGCACCGUCAGCCUAGAACACCCACACGUGGCUGCAGUAUCCCGCCCGCCACCCCAGGGUCUGUCCCUGUGCGCUAUGGGGCUGGACUGUUCAGCGGCUGA